AUGGACGACGUUGCUUUCACCGAGUUGCCCUCUUUGGAGACCGUGCGGGCUGGCACGUCGAUUUUGGGGCCCAACAACAAGAUCCUGGUGGCCAAUCGAUCUGAGAUCGCUGUUCGUGUGUUCAGAACUGCACAUGAAUUGUCAAUGGUUACUGUUGGUAUCUAUGCCCAUGAGGAUAUGCUGUCUAUGCAUCGUCUCAAGGCCGAUGAGGCCUAUGUAAUUGGUAAACCCGGCCAGUUCACACCUGUCGGUGCAUACCUGCAGAUCGACGAAAUUAUCAAGAUUGCAAAGCUGCACAAUGUGAACAUGAUUCAUCCUGGCUAUGGCUUCUUAUCCGAGAACUCGGAGUUUGCUCGCAAAGUGAUUGAGGCUGGCAUCAUAUGGGUUGGCCCUCCUCCUGAGGUCAUUGAUAGCGUAGGCGAUAAAGUGUCGGCACGCUAUCUUGCUGAUCGGGCUGGUGUGCCCACCGUACCUGGAACUCCGGGCCCUAUUGAUAACGUUGAACAGGCUCGGGCCUUUGUUGCGGAGCACGGCUUCCCCGUCAUCAUUAAAGCCGCAUUUGGUGGUGGUGGCCGUGGUAUGCGUGUCGUUCGAGAGGGUGAGGAUAUUGAAGAUGCUUUCAUUCGAGCUACUUCUGAGGCCAAGACCGCUUUUGGUAAUGGCACUGUGUUCAUCGAGCGUUUUCUUGACAAGCCCAAGCACAUCGAGGUCCAACUCUUGGCAGAUGGUGAAGGCAACGUGAUCCAUUUGUUUGAGCGUGACUGUUCAGUUCAGCGUCGUCAUCAGAAAGUGGUCGAGAUCGCCCCCGCUGUAUCCUUGAACGAAGGUGUUCGAAAUGCUAUUCUGGCUGAUGCUGUCAAGCUUGCCCAAGUCGCAGGCUAUAAGAACGCUGGUACCGCUGAAUUCCUUGUGGAUAAUCAGAAUCGCCACUAUUUCAUCGAGAUCAAUCCUCGUAUCCAGGUUGAGCACACCAUUACAGAAGAAAUUACCGGUAUUGACAUUGUAGCCGCACAAAUUCAGAUCGCAGCAGGUGCGACCUUGGAAGAUCUAGGUUUACAGCAGGACAAUAUUACCAUUCGUGGCUGUGCCAUUCAGUGCCGUAUCACCACUGAAGAUGCAUCGAAGAAUUUCCAGCCUGAUACUGGUCGCGUCGAAGUUUACCGUUCAGCCGGUGGUAACGGUGUUCGUUUGGAUGGUGGUAACGGCUUUGCGGGUGCUGUUAUCACACCCUACUACGACUCUCUGCUUGUUAAAUGUACUUGCUUGGGCUCCAACUUUGAAACUGCCCGUCGUAAGACGUUGCGCUCGCUCAUUGAGUUCCGCGUUCGUGGUGUUAAAACAAACAUUCCCUUCCUGUUGUCGCUCAUUACACACCCUACCUUUAUUGCCAAUCAGUGCUGGACUACUUUCAUUGAUGAUGAGCCGUCUCUGUUCCAGCUUUUCAAGUUCCAGAAUCGUGCUCAUCGUAUCUUGGCUUUCUUGGCCGACGUGCUUGUCAAUGGCUCUUCUCUAGUUGGGCAACGUGGUCUCCCUUCCCUCAAAAGCCCUGUGCAGGUACCCUCUCUUACUGGUAUUCCUGAUGUCUCGGUCAAGCCUCAGAAUGGCCUUCGCUACCUUCUGCUUAAUGAGGGACCUGAGGCAGUUGCCAAGGCCGUGCGCAACUUCGAUGGUACUAUGAUCAUGGAUACUACUUGGCGUGAUGCUCAUCAGUCGCUUUUGGCAACCCGUUUGCGUACUUACGACUUGCUGAAGAUUGCACCCACCACUGCUCAUGCUUUGGAAGGUGCCUUUGCAUUGGAGUGUUGGGGUGGUGCAACUUUCGACGUUGCCAUGCGCUUCUUGCAUGAGGACCCUUGGGAUCGUCUGCGUAAACUCAGAGAAGCUGUUCCCAAUGUUCUUUUCCAGAUGCUGCUACGCGGUGCUAACGGUGUUGCCUAUGCUUCUUUGCCUGACAAUGCCAUCGAUCACUUUGUAAAGCAGGCCAAGGAUGCUGGUGUGGAUGUUUUCCGUGUCUUUGAUGCAUUGAAUGAUCUUGAACAACUUGAAGUUGGUGUCAAUGCUGUCAAGAAGGCUGGUGGUCUUGUUGAGGCUACUGUUUGCUACUCUGGUGAUAUGCUCGUGCCCGGAAAGAAGUACAACCUGGACUACUACCUUGAAGUUGUUCGCAAGAUCGUCGCUAUGGGUACCCACAUUUUGGGUAUCAAGGACAUGGCUGGUACACUUCGCCCCAAGGCUGCUACUUUGCUCAUUGGUAGCAUUCGUAAAGAGUUCCCCGACCUCCCCAUCCACGUACAUACUCACGACUCCGCGGGUACUGGUGUGGCCUCGAUGGUUGCUUGUGCGCGUGCCGGUGCUGAUGUCGUUGACGCCGCCUCGAACUCCAUGUCUGGUAUGACUUCACAGCCAUCCAUUUCUGCUCUACUAGCUUCUUUGGACGGCGAAAUCAACACUAACCUGAAUGGUGACCAUGUACGCGAGAUUGAUAACUACUGGAUGCAGAUGCGUCUGCUGUACUCACCAUUCGAUGCUGAGCUUAAAGGUCCCGAUCCUGAAGUUUACAUUCACGAAAUUCCAGGUGGCCAACUGACUAACUUGUUGUUCCAAGCUCAACAAGUUGGCUUAGGAUCACAAUGGGAGGAAACCAAGAAGACCUACACUGAAGCUAACAAACUCCUCGGCGACAUUGUUAAAGUAACGCCCACUUCCAAGGUUGUUGGUGAUUUAGCCCAGUUUAUGGUUUCUAACAAGUUAACUCCAGAGGAUGUUGAGAGACGUGCCUCCGAGCUUGAUUUCCCUGAUUCGGUGCUUGACUUUUUCCAGGGUCUUAUGGGUACUCCCUACGGUGGAUUCCCCGAGCCUUUGCGUACCAACAUUUUGAAGGGCAAGCGGACGCCCAUGAAUAAGAGACCUGGUGCCCUUUUGGCCCCCUUAGAUCUUGAAGCCAUGAAGCGUGAUUUGCGAGCUCGCUUGGGCCAUGACAUUAGCGAGACUGAUCUUGCUAGCUACGUCAUGUAUCCUAAGGUGUUUGAGAGCUUCCACGAGCUUCGCCAGCGCUUUGGUGACCUUAGCGUUGUUCCCACGGACAUUUUCAUGGCCCCUCUCGAAAUCGGAAAGCCAUACGAAAUUGAGAUCACUCGCGGUAAGGUGCUUGUCAUCAAGUGUUUGACUGUUGGCGACAUCAGCUCGCAGACUGGUACUCGCGACGUCUAUUUCGAGCUUAAUGGUGAGAUGCGUAAUAUCACUGUUGAGGAUCGUAAUGCCGCUGUUGAGACAAUUUCUCGCCCCAAGGCCGACCCCUCCAAUCCCGGUGAUAUUGGUGCUCCCAUGGCCGGUGGUGUCGUUGAAAUCCGGGUCGAGGCUGGUCAGGAAGUUAAGAAGGGCCAGCCAGUUCUUGUUCUUUCAGCAAUGAAAAUGGAGAUGGUUGUCAGUGCUCCUGUUGCUGGCAAAGUUUCGUCCGUCGAAGUCAAAGGUGGUGACGCUGUCGACGGCGGUGAUUUGCUUGUAAAGAUUAUUCCUUUGUAA